UCCAAACGGUUUUCUCAAGAAACACGAAAUGCUCAGCCCCCACCUGCAAAAAUUUGAAUUUCGUCAUAGCACCUUAAAAGUAGCAUCAGCAGCAGCAACAAGAACAACGAUAAUGGCAACAAAUCCUUCCUCUAAGUAAGCUCCAAAAUGUUGUUUUUUCGGAACAGAGAAAACAUCGGUGACAACUUUCUUUCACUCGUGUUUCCCUCUCACGAGGUUUGUUUUUCAAAAACAAUCUUAACCUCUCCUUGAACCUCGUAAAAUACGCUUUUUCACUAUGGAAAUCAGCGCAUCCUUCUGGUUUAUUUAGCCAAAUGCGCUUUCGGAGACGAACGAGGAAACGGUUUAUUUUUUUCGAGACAUCUCCACGUCGAAAUUGCAGCCUUUUAUUCUGCGGACGACGAUUCUGAUAUUUUGAUUGCAAUCAGGGAUUCCUGGUUCGUGUCUUCGACAAUGCAGGGUUCGAAUUCAUUCAGGAGAGGUGGAAUUUGAGCUUGUGAUAGCGGGAUUUGGAUUUGAAUUUGUGAAAACUUCGGGGCUCGAGGGGGAAAGUCACCUUCUCCCCGACGAAGAUGACUGCGCGGAGCUCACUGGAGGAGAUGCUGGACUCUCUGCGCCGGAGAGACGAGCGCGAGAAGCCCAAGGACUUGCCACCGGCACUCCCGGUUCGACCGACGUCGAGGGCUCGGCUGCCUCCGGCGCGACGCUCUCUACCGACCAACUUCAAGGUCGGCGAAGGGGGAGGUGAUGGAAGUGCACCGACUGAGUGCAAUGGGAAAGAAGAAGGAAAGAGGAAAGAGAUCGAUUUGGGGUUCAAGCGAGGAAGUUUUGGGAGCAAGAAGCUGAAGAAAGAUCAGAAUGUGGAGUCGCCGUAUGCUGUGCAGGCAGAGGAGGGUAAAAAUGUGCUCACCGAGGGCGUAGAUUCGGAUAGCAAGUCUGCUGCGACGCGUGCUUCGCAGCUGAAGAUAAGAGAAUUGGAUUGGGAUGACAACAUCGGUUAUUUCAUAAAAAAGAAACUUCGUAUUCGGUGUCGGCUCACUAGUGGGUUUUGGGAGUCUGGAACGAUACAAUCAACUUCGGGAGAGGAAGCACUUGUUUCACUCUCUAGUGGAAAUGUUGUGAACGUGCCCAGAGGAGAGCUCUUCCCUGCAAACCCAGAUAUAUUGGAUGGUGUUGACGACCUUAUACAGCUAAGUUAUUUGAAUGAACCAUCAGUUCUUUACAAUCUUCAGUAUAGAUAUUUCCGGGAUAAGAUAUAUAGUAAAGCAGGUCCAGUUUUAAUUUCACUUAAUCCGUUCAAAGAUGUACCAAUAUAUGGAAAGGAUUUUGUCACAGCUUAUAGGCAGAAGCUUAUGGACAGCCCCCAUGUUUAUGCCAUAGCAGACACUGCUUAUAAUGAGAUGAUGAGAGAUGAAGUAAAUCAGUCCAUAAUCAUAAGUGGGGAAAGUGGAGCUGGGAAAACUGAGACAGCUAAAAUUGCAAUGCAAUAUUUGACUGCUCUUGGUGGCAGUUGCGGGAUAGAAUAUGAGAUCGUUCAGACCAAUUAUAUACUGGAAGCAUUUGGAAAUGCAAAAACAUCUAGGAAUGACAACUCUAGCCGAUUUGGGAAGUUGAUUGAAAUUCAUUUUAGCUCACUGGGGAAGAUAUGCGGUGCUAAAAUCCAAACCUUUCUGUUAGAAAAGUCAAGAGUGGUUCAACUAGUCAAUGGUGAGAGGUCAUACCACAUAUUUUAUCAACUUUGUGCUGGUGCUCCGAUGGUUCUUAAAGAGAGGCUGAACCUAAGACUUGCUAGUGAGUACAAGUAUCUUAAUCAGAGUGAUUGCUUGGCAAUUCAUGGUGUUGAUGAUGCUCGGAAAUUUCAUUUGCUUGUGGAAGCCCUAGACAUUAUUCGAAUUAGCAAAGAAGAUCAAGAUCUCAUAUUUACAAUGCUUGCUGCGGUGUUAUGGUUAGGGAACAUAUCAUUUCAAGUAAUUGACAAUGAAAAUUAUGUAGAGGUGUUAGCUGAUGAAGCGGUAAGAAAUGCUGCUGGGCUGAUGGGUUGCAGUUCCCAGGAACUGGUUCUAGCUUUAUCUACCCAUAAAAUCCAAGCUGGCAAGGAUACUAUUGCAAAAGGAUUGAAAUUGCAGCAGGCAAUCGACACAAGAGAUGCAUUGGCAAAAUUUAUAUAUGCAAGCAUGUUUGACUGGCUUGUAGAACAAAUCAACAAGUCACUUGAAGUGGGCAAACGACGUACUGGGAGAUCCAUAAGUAUCCUUGAUAUAUAUGGAUUUGAGUCAUUUCAGAGAAAUGGCUUUGAACAAUUUUGUAUAAAUUAUGCGAAUGAGAGGCUGCAACAACAUUUCAACCGCCAUCUGUUUAAACUUGAGCAGGAGGACUAUGAAUUAGAUGGGGUUGAUUGGACAAAAGUUGAUUUUGAAGACAAUCAGGAGUGCUUGGAUAUCUUUGAGAAGAAACCUUUAGGUCUACUGUCUUUGUUGGAUGAGGAAUCAAAUUUUCCCAAAGCCACUGAUCUGACAUUUGCUAGUAAGCUUAAAGAGCACUUAAAUUCUAAUUCGUGCUUUAAAGGAGAAAGAGGCGGGGCUUUCAGAAUAUGUCACUAUGCUGGAGAGGUUAUAUACGAUACAAAUGGCUUCCUGGAAAAGAACAGAGAUCGGCUGCACUCUGAUUCGAUCCAACUCCUCUUAUCAUGCAGUUGCCAACCAUUACAGUUGUUUGCUUCCAAAGUUCUUGACCAAUCUCAGAAACCAGCAAACUCUUCAUGUCUGAUGGGUGCACCAGGGCCCCCAAAGCAGAGUGUUGGUACAAAGUUUAAGGGUCAACUGUUCAAAUUGAUGCACCAGCUGGAGAACACCACUCCUCACUUCAUUCGCUGCAUAAAGCCAAAUAGCAAGCAGCUUCCUGGAAUAUAUGAAGAGGACCUUGCCCUACAACAGCUUAGGUGUUGUGGAGUUUUGGAGGUUGUUAGGAUUUCAAAAUCUGGAUAUCCUACUAGAAUUACACAUCAAGAGUUUGCAGGAAGGUAUGGGUUCCUACUUUCAGAGAAUAAUGUAUCUCAAGAUCCAUUAAGUAUUUCAGUUGCAGUGCUAAAGCAGUUUCAUGUCCUCCCUGAAAUGUACCAAGUUGGUUAUACCAAAUUGUAUCUCAGAAUGGGGCAGGUUGGUGCAUUGGAGAAUAGGAGAAAUCAAGUCCUGCAAGGUAUACUUGGUAUUCAGAAAUGCUUCCGUGGUCAACAGGGUCGCCGUUUCUUCCACAAAGUCAAAGGAGUGAUAACGUUACAAUCAUUUAUUCGUGGUGAAGACGCUAGGAGGAAGUAUAAUGCUAGGAUAAAGUGCAGCACUGUUAUUGCUCCCAAAAUCCUUAAUGAGCUGCAAGCAGCUGUAUAUUUACAAUCUGUAAUCCGUGGAUGGCUUGUCCGGAGGCAUGCCAAUGGCACGCGUAACUUACCUACCAAGAAUGCAAAAUCCAAGCAGAAGCCAACCAGAAAGGUUUCAGAAAUGAAGGAUAUACCACAAGAGCAAGUUCAGGCUCUGCCUUCGGUUUUGGCAGAGCUUCAAAUGCGGGUUCUGAAGGCGGAAGCAGCUCUGGAACAGAAGGAAGAGGAAAAUACUGCACUGCGGGAGCAACUACGACAGAAUGAGACAAGGUGGUCAGAAUAUGAAGUGAGGAUGAAAUCAAUGGAGAUGAUGUGGCAAAAGCAGAUGUCCUCCUUGCAAAUGAGUCUUGCUGCAGCUAGAAAGGGCCUAGCUGCUGACAAUGCAUCAGUUCAACCUGGAAAACUAGAUGCUUCUUCAAUUCCGCACUAUUAUGACUCUGAGGAUAACGCGUCCAUGGGAUCUCAAACUCCUGGUGGAAGCACACCAUUAAAAUUAGCGGGACGAGAUGCCAAUGGUACUUUGAAUGCGGUCAACAAUCUGGUUAAGGAAUUUGAGCAGCGUAGACAGACUUUUAACAAUGAUGCCAGAGCUCUGGUGGGGAUCAAAUCAGGGCAAUCAGCUUCUGUUGUAAAUCCCGAUAAUGAACUUCGGAAACUUAAGCUCAGUUUUGAGGCAUGGAAAAAAGAAUACAAAAUUAGGUUACGGGAGACAAAGGCAAAGCUUCAUAAACUAAGGCCUUCGGAAGGUCGACGGACAUGGUGGGAGAAACUAAGCUCAAGAGCAUCAUAGUAUGCAUUCUUUCUACAUAAUCUCUUGCCAAGUAUGGACUGAUGAAUAUGCUUACAAAAAUGGUGGAGAAAGAAAUGUUCAAAAAACCGCCUCUUCGCUUUUCUGGAGCCGGUCUCUUUGUUUAUAUUUAUGGUGACAUAUAUGGGUGUUCCCAUAAUGUGAGAGGCAGUGAAGGAGAGAGAUUGUAUACCUACCAAUUUUUGUUACUUGGUUUAAGUGUUCAUAAACUUGUGCAUAGCCAACUAGGGAUUUGUUGAGAGACGGUGAUGCGUAUUUAUUCAUACAUACAUAUAUAUAUAUAUAUAUGUCAUUGUAUUUGUCUAUAAUCGGUUGUCAUUGAUGUAAUAUGAGAAUAUUUAGAACAGAAAAUAUUGAAGGAUGUAGA